AUGUCGUCCAAGCCUGCAAUCGUACAUCGCCCUGGGUAUUCGAGGCUAUGGACGGAGGAUGGCAACGACAGACGCGCGCCAAAUUGCUCUGAAGAAUUACAUAUCCAACAUGCUACAGAUUUCGAAACUGCUGCCGCCGUGCCUGUCGCUACCAUUAUUGCAACUCCACUAAGCCAAACGCCCACGAAGGUGCCGAUCUCGUCAUCUGGAGACUUGUCCGACGCGUCGCACCACUGCAAGACUUCUGAGAGUAUCAAACGUAAAACCCUAAACUCCCCGAUCGCCAUCGUCAUAAUCCUCCUCGCCGCAUUCUCGACAGCCUUCUCUGCGAUAUUCCUGGUUGUUGGUCUACAUGGCCCCAGCUAUGGGAAAUACAUUGGAAAACAUGGUGGGCUCAGUCCUUCAAAAGCCGCUUUCCUGACGACAUUGGACGCCAAGCUAGUCGAGUUAUCCUUUGCAACUAUUUCUGUUGCAUUCGUGGGGCAGGUGCUGGCUCGUCGGGCUGUGGAGCAGCAGAAGAAAACCGGAGCCGGCAUCACUCUCGCUGAGAUGAACAUGCGGACAUGGAUCAUGCAGCCUGGGACAUUGUUGACUCAAUGGCAGAGCACUCGAUAUGCUAGCCUAUCCAUGUUGGGCUUUGUGUCAGUUAUAGCUGCUACCAUGACGCUGCUUUACACGUCUGCAGCUACCGCACUGGUGCAACCGCAGCCGGUAAUGCUCUGGACGCCUAAACAACUUCAGACCCUGGUCAGGACACAGUCGAUCAACCCCGACUAUCUUGCAGACGGCUGCAAGACCCCAAUACGGCCCAUAUACGACAAAGAAUUCAAUGAUUCGAAGCCCGAUCUUUCCAAAGGAACAUGCUUACAAGUGAAUCUUGGGUCGGGCGCCUUGUACGAUCUAGGAAAGUUCCUCGGCACAUGGACAGAUAUAGUGGCGAGGUCCAGAUCUGGCAUCGUAAGCCCAGAAAAUCGGCCUGCGGGCACCACAUUACUCUAUGAUAAUACGACCAUCCAACCCGCAUGGAUCGAAAUAGCGCCUGUGACACAGUCAGCAUUCUCGGAUUACAGGAUCAACAAUGCCACUAUGGCUUUGCCCCAUCCGGGAAUCAUACAGGCCGCUCAAGGUCCAGUGAACAAUUUGCCGCCACACAGCGGUCCAGAUGUGCAGCUCGAGAUACGAGCCUCUUUACGCAGUCCAGUUUUGAAUGUGAUCUGCGUCACAAUGAACACGACACAGGCACGACCGUUCGUAUACAGCAUGUGGGACGGUCGAAACAGAACUUCAUGCAACGAGACGGACUGGUCAUCCAGCGGACCUGGUGGGACAUGGCCACGAUGCUCAAGUUACCCAAAUAACCUUAACCGUUACCUCAAUGGAACGGAGUUUGAUGACAUCUUCCGCUGGGGUGAAAAGUACGGUGUACUUAGAUACCCUCCCAUAUUUCCUAUACUUCCCAAGGACUACAAUACGAUCCUCAACGAUUCGGUAGGCUUUUUCGGUUGGGGCUCGACCUCUAUAUACAUGUUGGGUAAGGGCGACCCUACCGAUUCUAGGAACCGAUCGACGAAUGUAAACAUGGAGGACACGAACUACGCUCUCUGUGGUAUAUCUGCUGCCAUCACGCCCUUCUGCUCCACCCGCUACAACGUCACGGCAGGCGGCGCGAAAUUGCAAGUAGUAUGCGACGAUGAUGAUCCUUAUCAAUACAUCAAGAGUGCACGAAGUGCGCCUAGCGGCAAUUCGACACUGUCGAAGGACUUCGUCAAUAUUGCCGGUGAAUGGGCCAGAAGUACCACACUCAACGCUGGGCUACUACAUGGUAACGCCAGUGUCGGUCGUCUACUCACACAAUUGAUCGUCACGUCAGAGCAUCUGGCCUCGAACUUGCCUUCCACGGCAGAGUCACUCGCGGUCUUAGGUGCUAACCUGCUGAUCCAAAGCUCGAUGGAUUCUCCAGCAACUAUGUUCUGGAAUUACACUGACACGCAAAUCGACGGCUCGUACCAGUAUUUUAACGCUUCAGUCCGAAUGCAGCAGUAUAAGAGUGGCGGUACUCAACCCUACGAAGAAGCAUUUACUAUUGUGUUGAUCGUCGUAUUUGCCAUGAGCGUUCUCAUCCUGGCAUACUUCCUAUUCCACCGCUACUGGUACACCGAUUCCAGCGAACCCACGCACCUCUUCACGCUCGCAUUACAGUCACCAGCGAGUGACAAGAUUGCAGGCAGCUGUGCCACUGGACCGAUUGGAGAGCAGUACAACAUCAGGUGGCAAGUUGAUACUGACGAUGGACAUUACUACGUUACUCCUCAGGAUGAAUCAAUCUCAGGUCACGGCAGCGACAUGAAGAAGAGGCGUGGUUGGAAAGAGGAUGUCGAGCUUUUGCUGCGCAAGUAG